CUCUGCGUCUGCACCGUCUGCACGUGCAAAUCGUGCAAUUAGCUCAAUCAGCUGUGCAACGUGCGACUUGUGCGAGCUACAUAAGAAAAGAACUAAUACUGUUCAAUCAAGAUGAGUAAAUACGUGGAUCUGAUGAACGUGAGCACUACUUAUGCUAUGCGCAUGAAUCGUCUGAGUAAUCGAAUCUUUGGCGAAGUAGUCAGACCGACUAAUCAGAAAUCGAUGAAAGUUGUAAAGCUCUUUAGCGAGAAACCGGUAAACAAGCGACCAGAAAUCGUAGAAUAUUAUCCAAGAUUUAGAGAAACUGAGCUAUUAAUGACACAUCUGCGCGAUUACGGCUUGUUCAGAGAUGAACAUAAGGACUUCAAGGAAGAAUAUCAACGUUUGAGAGAACUUCGCGGUAAAACUAAAUGGGUACCACCGCCUUUCAGAAAUCAAUCUAAACCAUCCCAAGAGUGAAAUGAUUUAUAAUUGAGUGUAGCAAA